AUGGGUGUCACCGGCCUGUGGACCAUAAUCCAACCGUGUGCCCGCCCUAUUAAGCUCGAAACACUCGCUAGGAAACGGCUCGCCGUCGACGCCUCCAUCUGGAUCUACCAGUUCCUCAAAGCUGUCCGUGACCGCGAGGGGAACGCGCUACGCAACUCUCACAUCGUCGGCUUCUUCAGGAGGAUAUGCAAGCUGCUGUUUCAUGGGGUGAGACCAGUGUUUGUGUUUGAUGGAGGCGCGCCGGCCUUGAAGAGGCAGACUAUCGCUGGCAGAAAGUCAAGGAGAGAAGGAAGGAAGGAAGAUGCGAGAAGAACUGCGGGGAGAAUUCUGGCCUUGCAAGUGCAGAGAGAGGCGGAUAGGGAGAAUGAGAGGAGGAAGAAGAAGGCCAAGGAUAGGGAAGAGGGAUGGACAGAUGUCACGCAACAUGAAGAGGAAGAGGAGGAGGUUAUCCCAGAAGAUGUAGUCUAUGUGGACGAGUUAAUGCAAACACCAGAACAAAUCAAAAAGAAUCGACAGGGAGGGUUUAGAAAGACCGACCCUUACCAUUUACCAGAUCUAGAUACAUCAAUAGAAAACAUGGGCCAGCCAAACGACCCUCGAAUCAUGUCGACGGAAGAGCUCGAAGAAUACGCACGCCAAUUUCGAGGCGGGGAGGAAAUGAGUCUCUACGAUUUCUCCAAGAUUGAUUUUGACUCGCCCUUCUUCUGCUCACUACCUCCAGCUGAUCGCUACAAUAUCCUUAAUGCUGCCAGACUCAGAUCACGUCUACGGAUGGGUCUAUCGAAAGAACAGUUGGAUGCAAUGUUUCCCAACCGCCUUGACUUCUCAAAGUUCCAGAUCGAGAGAGUUACGGAAAGGAAUGAGCUGACACAGCGUCUCAUGAACCUUAACGGUGCCAAUGACGUGAACACACUCGACAUCAGCCGAGUCGCUGGUGAACGAGGGAGGGAAUACGUCCUUGUACGCAACGAUGGGGUAGAAGGCGGUUGGGCUCUAGGGGUAGUCGGCCAGAAGGGGGAUAGAGAGGGUGAGCAGGCUAGACCAAUUGUGGUAGACACCACAGAGAAGCUUGAGGAAGACGAUCCCAUGGAUGACGAUGAGGAUGAUUUUGAGGACGUUCCAAUUGAAGGGCUGAACAGACUGCCCAAAAUACAUGUGGGAUGGGACAAGGAGGAAGGAUCUGAGGAGGAAAGAGAUGAAGCUUUCAAUCCAUUCGAAGAUCCGGAGGCACAGAUGCUUCGGCGGGCGAUAUAUGAGAGCCGAAAAGAAGCUUUUGGCAGCGGUAACUCCCGCUCAAAAAUUCUUGGAAAGGGCAAAAGCCCAGCUACUAUAUCACAUAACCCGAACCCAUUAUUUCUGGGUGGAGAUGAGGAAGAGGAUGAUGAUGAUUAUUACAGCAACCCACUGUUCGCUCAGAAGCAUACCUCAAAUACUCUUAGCGAUGAAGAGGAAGAGUAUGAAGGACAAUACCCACAUGACGACGAAGUUCUCCAAGAAGCAAUACGGAUGUCACUCGCAGUGCCAGGUUCGAGUUCAAGCUCACAUCAUAUAAGUAAUGAUGACUUUUCAACCAACGAUAUUUUCAUCGGCCGAGACCUCAGUGAUAUCGCUGAGGAAGAGGAAGAGGAGGAAGAGGAGGAGGAAGAGGAGGAGGAGGACGAUGACGACGACGACGACGACGAUUCAAUGGUUGGCAAAGGCAAGGGCAUAGCAGUGGAGAGGCGAUACAUUCGAAGGGAGCUGGUCCCGAUCCUGCCAAAACCCGAUGGUGAUGAUGAUCUCCAGAGAGCGCUGGAAGAAUCAAGGCGUAUGCAGAAUAUGAAGCCAAGUGAUUCUGGGUAUAAUAAACCAGGACAGGGUAGCGGAGCCUCUACUACUUUUACUGCUACUAGCUCAAUGGCUCCGGCGCCGACCCUUUCGAACCCCUUUGGGGGGUUACUCCCAUUCGAGUCGUUGGAUUUGAGUAAAAGCAAAAGUCUCUUGACCAAGAAGAAGGAACCAGAGAAAGAAGGGCCUAAUUCGGAUGAGCCGAAAUUAAAACAGAAGGAGAAAGAGUGUGGACGAGAGAAUCCGGAUGAACCAUCGCUUCCGCUCCCGCCAUGGUUCGUCGGUGAGACAAAGGACCUCAAAGAAGAGAUGCAGAAAGCGAAUCGCGAGAAGGAGGAAUACAUCCGCGAGAAAAGGCUAGAUGACGAGAGAAUCAAGAUGGAAAGGGAGGAGAGGCAAAGGCAAGAAACGGAAGCGCUUGAAAAGCAAAGAGAGGAUGCAGUUUUGGUCGAAAGCUCAGACGAGGAUGAUGUGAUGGUGUUGGACUUUCCUACAAAUGGGAAGAGUAAGAUGAGUGAUAUAGCUGAUAAAGCUCGAGCUGUACCCCCAAAGGCUAUUCCUGAGAAGGCCACUUCACGGAAAGGCGGGGAAUCUGCUGUAGGUAGCGGCGCUAAUCAAGGCAGUGAUGCGGAAUUGGGAUGGGAAGAUAGUGACCACGAAGAGGCUACGGCGAAGCAAUCAGCCACUUCAACUCAUGGUGUGGCCCAUCCAAAUGCUUCAAUGGCACCAGGGGACACGCCUCCACCUCCAGACCUCGAAGAGCCGGAUUUCCGCGAUGUCACACCUCCUUUCGAGGACGAAGAAGGCGUCUACUCAGACCCCGAAGAAGACGCAGAGCUCUUCCAAUCCCUCGCCGCCGAGACCGAAGAACACGCCCGGUUUACCGCUGAGCUGAACAACAAGUCGCAGGAACAGGUCCGCGAGGAAUACGAGCGCGAGCUCAAAUCACUGCGUGCACAGCAAGCCAAAGACCGCCGUGAUGCCGACGAAGUCACCCAAGUCAUGAUUCAGGAAUGCCAGCAACUUCUUAAACUUUUUGGAAUACCCUACAUUACUGCGCCCAUGGAAGCUGAAGCGCAGUGCGCCGAGCUCGUGAAUCUCGGGCUUGUGGAUGGGAUUGUGACGGAUGAUUCAGAUACAUUUCUGUUUGGUGGUACAAGAGUGUAUAAAAACAUGUUCAACCAGGCCAAGUUUGUGGAGUGCUACCUUGCAAGUGAUCUCGAGAAGGAGUUUAGUCUAGAUAGAAGAAACCUCAUCCGGAUUGCACACCUGCUCGGGAGCGACUACACGGAAGGACUGCCCAGUGUUGGCCCGGUCACGGCACUGGAGUUGCUGGUUGAGUUUUCUGGUGAGGACGGCCUGGUGAAGUUUCGAGACUGGUGGACUUCAGUCCAGCAAGGUACCUCUAAGCCUACAGACGACGCAAAAAACAAAUUCAAGAAGAAAUUCCGCAAAAACGCCACCAAGAUCUUCCUCCCACCUUCAUUCCCCGCGCCCGAGGUGGACGAAGCCUACCUGAACCCCGAAGUCGACAAGGACCCCUCACCCUUCGAGUGGGGUGUGCCCGAUCUUGAGGGGCUCCGCGACUUCCUUAUGGCUACCAUCGGCUGGUCGCAAGAGCGCACCGACGAGGUCCUCGUCCCUGUAAUCCGCGACAUGAACCGGAAGCAGGUAGAGGGCACGCAGAGCAACAUCACACAGUUCUUUGACGGCAGCACCGGCGCCGGCGCAUUCGCCCCCAGAAAGAGGGCGGAAAAUAAGAGUAAGCGGCUGGAGAGCGCUAUGCUGAGUCUGCAUGAGCAGGCGGUGCGGAAGCGGAAAGGACAGGAUGAAGGAGAGGGUAGCGAGGACGACAACGGCGACGAGGAUGAGGUGGUGGAGCCGAAGCCGAAGCGGCAGAAGAGGGCGAAGCCGAAAGCGAAGCCGAAGGCGAAAAGAAAGAAUAUGGCGGACGAGGACGAGGAUGGGUAUCGGGAUGACGAUGAGGGAGGGGUGGUGGAAAACGCGCCGAAGAGACGGCGGAGAGCAGCGAAGAUUUAG